ACGUGUCUCGCACGAAAGCGUUUCGCGCUGGACCCAUUAAUUUCCUGACAAGUUGCCUCUACUUACUCACGUCCUCAUACUCAAGUCCCUCGACUCUCAAGAUUAAAGCUGUUCUUCAGGCUUCUAGCUUCGGCAGAGCCUCCAUAGAAGUCAAAAAGCUGGAAUCCACGCCUGCCCUACAUGUCCUUGCUUUCUAAGGCGACAGUUGGGACAGUGGGGCUACUCUGCAAGACAUUCCUCAGGAUCGGCUACUGUUCUUCAGUGUCUGUAAAUGGCCUGGAGAACUUGUUCAGUGCUCUCGAGAGCGAUGAGAGAAACGCGGGCCGUGGUGUGGUCACCAUUUCGAACCACAUCUCAACCUUGGACGACCCACUCGUCUGGGGCGUGCUUCCGCUUCGAUACCAGCUCGAUUCCCGCAUGACGAGAUGGACCCUAGGUGCAUCUGACAUCAUGUUUACCAAUCCUAUAUUCUCUGCAUUUUUCCGCAAGGGGCAGGUCAUCGAGACGUUUCGCGGCAACGGUUUAUUCCAACCAGCUAUUGACUUGGCCAUCAGAAAGCUGAAUAGCGGUGCCUGGAUCCAUUUGUUCGGUGAAGGCAAAGUCAAUCAACUCAUCCGAGCUCCGGGACACAGUCCCGUAGACUUGAUUCGGUUUAAAUGGGGCAUAGGUCGCAUACUAAUGGAGACAAUGAAGCCCCCAAUCAUCAUCCCUAUGUGGCUGACUGGUUUCGAUCAGCUGAUGCCGGAAGGCCGAUCAGCCCCUUGGAAGUUUCUCCCUCGACCCGGUGCUGCACUUAGCAUCACCUUCGGCAAGCCCGUCGACAAUGCUGCUAUCCGCGAGACGCUAAAUGUCGCAGUCAACAAAGGCGACAUCCCGGAGCUCCCACAAAGCACACAUGGUGGGAGGAAGGACCCCGUAAGGCCUCACCAAGAGGAAGUCAGCGCACGGGUCUCGGAGAGCGGGUGGUUGGGCGGUGCGGCGUCGCCGAGGACGAAGGUGGGGUCGGAGUCUGAGACGACGCGUACUGCUGAGUGGCGGGCAGCGGAGGAGAUUGCGAGGAUACGCAGCGCCGUGACGGCGCUGUUGCAAAGAAAGGUGGAAGAGCUUGGAAAAGACGUCGUGGGCAAGCGUGUAUAGCCGGUGUAGACUUUGCUUUAUGUAACAGUGGCCGCAAACAUGGUUGAGCGUUUGCACCCUUCGAAGGUGUUGCACCGCACACGCG